AUGAAGUUUCCGACAGUCGCCGGAGAAGAACCCCAAGUUCAAGAAAUGAGGCGAGCAGAGGUAGCGAUCAUCGCAACACCGUCCAUGGGCAACCUUAUACCGGCCGUGGAGUUUGCAACCCACCUCAUCAACCACCAUCGCAGUCGUAUCUCCGUCGUAAUUCUCGCCAUCUCCAUGCCGCAACGGCCAAUCCUCGACGACUACAUCCAAUCACGCAUCUCCAACCAACAAAUCCGAUUCAUCCAGCUCCACCAUGUUGACUCGCCGCCGCCAGAUCAGUACAGCUCCGGCAUCGAGUUUAUUUCUCUUUAUAUAGAAAAUCACAAACCCAUAAUCAAACAAACUCUCAAACCACCUCCGAACUACUGUUUCCGACUUGGAACCUGUGCCACUUGUCGGAUUGUUCGUCGAUAUGUUUUGCACUUCCAUGAUUGA